AACAAUUUCAUAUGCGAAUGCUGAUGCUUCUGGCGCCGUCACACACAGUCUUCCAUUUCAAUGGAACCCGUUUGCCCUAUCACCUCGUCCCGCGCCACUGAAAUAUCUGCUCUCCUAUCUCCUUCCUCACCUCGCCAACUUCAGGAUUAUUAUCAUAGCAUUUUCUCUGCAAGACACUGCACUGGCAUCACCGUCAAACAUGAUGACAAAUUCGGAAAAGGUGUGUAUGCGGCAAUGGAUUUCAAAGAGGAUGAACUUGUUCUGAAAGACCAAAUGCUUGUAGGGACACAACACUCCUUCAACAAGAUUGAUUGUUUUGUGUGUAGCUUCUGCUUUCGUUUUAUUGGUUCUAUAGAAACUCAAAUUGGGAGGAGGCUUUACUUGAGAGAAUUAAGGGCCAAUAAGAGUCAUGCUUGUGAUGUAGGAACCUCUUCAAAGUCUAUUGAAAACUGUCAUGAAAUGGAUUCGUCUGAUGACGAAGAGAGCACUUUGCAACAUUGUUCGGGUAGUUUCAAAACUAUAGUUCCUCUCCCUGAAGGGGUUGUGGAAUCACUGAUGAAUGGUCAAUUGAGAUUGCCUUGCUCUGAGAAGUUCUCCUUGCCUCCAUCUGUUCCAUGCCCUGGUGGAUGUGGAGAAGCUUACUACUGCAGCAUGUUGUGUGCAGAGUCUGAUUGGGAAUCCUCCCAUUCUUUACUCUGUACUGGUGAGAGUUCUGAUCCAAGGCGUAGAGAGGCACUCCUUAAAUUCGUGAAACAUGCUAAUGAAACAAAUGACAUAUUCCUCCUUGCUGCAAAGGCCAUUUCAUCUACCAUAUUAAGGUAUCACAAGCUAAAAGCAAAUUGUCGCAAGGAGAAGCUGAAAUAUGAUGAAUCCUGUGUUUCAGACAACUAUAAUUUCUCUCUUCUUUUGGAAGCGUGGAGACCUAUAUCAAUGGGAUACAAAAAGAGGUGGUGGGAUUGCAUUGCAUUACCAGAUGACAUUGAUUCUUCCGAUGAGACGUCAUUCAGAAUGCAAAUAAAAGAGUUGGCAUAUGAGUCUCUCCAACUUCUUGAAACGGCAAUAUUUGACAAGGAAUGCGAGCCAUUAUUCUCCCUGGAAAUCUAUGGACAUAUCAUUGGAAUGUUUGAACUGAAUAAUCUUGAUUUGGUUGUUGCAUCUCCUGUGGAGGAUUACUUUUUAUACAUUGAUGAAAUGACAAACCCUGAUAAGGAAGAAGCUGAGAAAAUUACACAACCAAUUCUAGAUGCUCUAGGUGAAGACUAUUCUACUUGUUGCGAAGGAACUGCAUUUUUUCCCUUGCAAAGCUGUAUGAACCAUUCCUGUUGUCCUAAUGCCAAAGCUUUCAAAAGAGAUGAGGAUAGAGACGGCCAAGCAACAAUAAUUGCACUGAGGUCCAUCUGCAAAGGAGAAGAGAUAACCAUUUCAUAUGUUGAUGAAGACCUUCCAUUUGAAGAGAGACAAGCAUCCCUUGCAGAUUACGGUUUUAGAUGUAAAUGUCCAAAGUGCAUUGAAGAAGAGCCAUAAAUAGUGUUACAACCCCAUGCAAACAUUUAUACACAACAUAGUCCAAUUGUAUAAAGAGGCUGAAUGCAAGGUUUAACAAUGAAUUUUAUGCAUGGAACCAAAAUCAAUUUUGCAAAGCUUGUAUAUUUCUAUGAGAAGAUUAGUUCUAGAAGAAUACCUGCUAAGUGGUAGCAAUCACUCCGAGCUCAAAUAAAUAUAGGUAAUGAGAUUUUUAAAAUUAGAGAUUACUUUUACCGUUGAUAUCAUUAAAUUUAAAUAUUUUUGAAGUUGCGAUAGUGAGUAUAAAAUUGUCAAAAAGUUCAUAAGAAUAAUGUUUUGUUCAAGAAUUUAGGCUCACAAUGUCGACGGAGAAUAGUUGGAUGACAACUCGAUAGCGGUAUUUGAUUGAAAUUGAUUUUUGAGGACUUGCAAAAGUACUACCUGCAAAUUUCCUGCAAACACUCCGACGCUCAAAUUAGUAUAAGGGUAUGGGAUUUUUAAAGUUAUUGCAAACACUCCGACGCUCAAAUUAGUAUAAGGGCAUGGGAUUUUUAAAGUUAGAGAGCGCGUACCUUGAGUAUUCUAAUCUAGAAGAAGACCUAUAAAGUGUCUGCAAACACUCACUCUUACGCAAAAGUAUCUGCAAACACUCCGACGCUCAAAUUAAUAUUGACAAUUAGAAUUAAAAAUAUGUACCG